UGCAAUAGGUUAGCAAGGGAUGGACAAAGAUGCAGGGGGCUCCCUCUACCCAAACAAUCUUAGCACAGUUUUUCCAAGAGUAUCCCUUAACUUUCAUUCCAGCCCUUCUCCCUUUGCAGGUCCUCUGCCAUGCCAGUUAUUUAAUCUGGGACCAACCAUCCCACAGACACAGCAAACCAGCUGGCCAGUUGGUAGUAACCCCUUGAGCACUCCUGGUUCAGCAAAUCUCCUUCACUAAGAACCGCUGUGAUCUAGCAGGCCCUGCAAGGCCUCCUGGCCUUCCAAGAAAAAGCCAGGCCAGGAGGGCAGGAAUACAUGUUUCUGAUAUUAUCCACAUACAAAGCAUUUGUUAACUACCAGCUGGGAUCUCGAUUAUGCUGUCACUUUGGUGCACCUUAAUGCUCUUUUGCGGAUGUUUCCUGUGCUGUACACUUGGAAUAAGUUGGUAAAACCCAAUGAGUCUGCAAGAGCUCAUAGAAGGGCUGGCUGAGAGCUCAGUGUCUGGCCCAACAGCACCCACUUGAAAGAGGAAAUCGGGAAGAGCCAGGGGUACCCUGGGCUGGCCAUGAUGAAAUGGCAAGGCACCCACCAUUGCAGCUGUGGCAGCGGGGAGCUGCUGGAUGGGUGCACCUGUCGGGCAGAUGGCAGCGACAAAGGCUAAUUAGACCACAGCUAAUUACGUGUUAUGGGAGGCAGGAAACACGGCUGCAAAAGCACAAGUUAAUGAACGGGAGCUUGGUUAAUUAAGGGCAAUUAAUGGUGAAUAAGGAUGAUAAUAAGGAAAGUGGAGCUACGGCGCUCACCGCGCGUUAACGGAGAGAUGGAGCGCCUGCCUUGGGCGGGGGCGGGACCCCGGCGGGGGAAGCCGGCCACAGAUCCCGCGGGGGGCGAUGAUGAGCAUGGUGAUGGUGAUGAUGAUGAUGAUGGCGAUGGCGAUGGCGAUGAUGAUCUCAUCCGCGGCCAAUCAGCACCGCCCGCCCCUGCCGCGCCCCUGCCGCUCCGCCCGGCGGCGCCGGGGGAUGCUGGCGGCGGCGCUGCCCGGGCGCGGCACCGCGGGGCCGGGGGGCCCGUGCGGGCAGGCGGAGGGGCCGGGCCGCGCGUCGCUCCCCGGCUGACGGCGCAGCCCCGCUGGCGGUGUCCCGGCGGCGCAGGGCGGCGGCGCGGGGCCAUGAGCCGGGCGGAGGCCGAGCCCUGCUCCCGGGCGCUGGCGCAGGCCCGCGUCUACCUGGGGCAGCUGCGCGGCCGCGUGGGCCCGGCGGGGCCCGAGGGCGGCGGGCGCCGGGACUACCUGGUGGAGGCGGCGCGGCAGCUGCGGCUGGCGCUGGAGCGGGACGUCAGCGAGGACUACGAGGAGGCCUUCAACCACUACCAGAACGGCGUGGACGUGCUGCUCCGCGGCGUGCAGGUUGACCCCAACAAGGAGCGUCGGGAAGCCGUGAAGCGCAAGAUCACCCAGUACCUGCGGCGCGCCGAGGAAAUCUUCAAUUGCCACCUGCAGCGGGCGGCGGGGGGUGGCAACACCGCUGCCACGGGCUACAGCAGCCUGCGCUUCCGGCCGAUCAGGACACUGAGCUCAGCAGUGGAGAACCUGAGACGGUGUAAGGUUGUGGGAGUGAUUGAUAAGGUGCAAAUUGUCCAGGAUCCAGCCACUGGUGAGACCUUUAUACUCAAGCCCUGCCAGGUGCUAGGUUGCACAGAGUCCAAGUCCCUACCGUGCUGUACCACCCACCCGCCUGUACCUCCUCAGAGCCUCCCCAAAUCCCACGUUGAGACCCGUGAGCGACAGACCAUCAUCCCUCAUGGGGUCCCCUUCAUGGUCAAGCUGUUGUGCUACUAUGUGAGUGAGGACUCCAUCUUCCUCCAUCUGGAGCACGUGCAGGGGGGGACGCUGUGGUCUCACCUCCGCUCCAAGUACUGUGUCCAGCAGGACUGUGCCAAUUCAAACACCAUUCAAGCCCUCCAGGACCAUGGCACAGAGGAUGGUGUGGGAAGCUCCCAGGGUGGCAGCCAAGUAUCCAGACAUCCUGUUUGGACAGGCAGUGGCCUCCCAGGCUCUGUGAACUAUCAAGUAUUGGGAAACACUGAUGCCUCACUCCCUCAGGAGCAGUUCCCUGGCCCCACAGACUCUGGCUCAGGGAAGCACUGCCAGCUUCUCCUGGCUCCUGCUGGUGGCAGUGGGGCUGCACCUGGAGGACAGGAUCUGAGUGUGACACAGGCUGUGUCUGGUGUUGUGGACCAUUUUCCAGCAGCAUCAGCCAAAUGCCAUGACCACCUUGCCAGCCAGGGCCUGGUUGUCUACCCAUGGAAUGAUCUAACCAGUGGCACAGGCUGCAUAUCUGAGAGAACAGCCUCCCAACAAGGCCCCAGGCUGCCCCAGAGGCUUGUCCCUGUACCAAAGACUGUGAGAGGGGACCAGCCAGGGGCAGGGCGACUGCCAACUCAGAAAGUGUCUGAGGCCUCCCAGGCUCAGCCCCUCCUGACCCUGGGUGAGAGGCAGCUUCCUGCAGGAGUUGCCCUGUCCAGCUCUGGCAAACCCAGUGUGCCUGACCCAGCUGUGGGGGAGCCCCCUUGGGGAGCAAGCCUGGCCUGUGGCUGGCUCAGCAAAAAGCCACCAUCAGGACAAUGCAGGGCUUUGGCCUCCCAUGGACACAAUCAGAGAGCGUGGGCUGUAAAGGAAGAGCAGGUACAGCUGUGGGCAGCAGAAAUCCUCCUGGCCUUAGAGGGACUUCACCAACAGGGGAUAUUGUGCCGAGACCUCAACCCCAGGAACCUGCUGCUGGAUACAGCUGGUCAUGUCCGUCUCACCUUCUUUGGCCAGUGGACAGAGGUGGAGCCCCAGUACUGCAGCCAGGCACGGGAAGAGCUGUACAGUGCUCCAGAAGUGGGAGGGAUCAUGGAGCCCACUGAAGCAGCUGACUGCUGGAGCUUUGGCUCUCUCUUGUACGAGUUGCUGACAGGAGUGCCACUCUCCCAAAACCACCCAUCAGGGAUCCAGCCUCACACCCAGCUGCACCUGCCAGAGGGCCUCAGCCUGGCUGCUACAUCGCUGCUCACUGAGCUUCUGCAGUACAACCCAAAACGGCGCUUGGGCUCUGGAGGAGGUGGCAUAACAAAGCUGAAGUCUCACUCCUUCUUCAGCACGGUCCCGUGGAACAAGCUGGUGGGCUAGGCAGGCUGUCCUUCCCCUGGGAGCUGAGCCCUGGGCUGCUUCCCUGGCACUUGUGACUGCAGGUGGCACUGGCAGCACUGCCUCCUGGGGAAGGCUUGCCUCAAGGGCUGCCCUGAGAUGGGGCACACAUGAGGUUCUGCAGCCUUACAUGUCCUUCUGUCUCUGCUUCUGUUCGUUGCCAUCUCCAAAGAGGAGGCGUCAGGCUGGGCCUGUCUUCUCCAGGUCCUCUCUGGGGGGAAAAGGAACCUGGGUGCCCACCUCCAGGAAGUGGUGGUGUUCCCCUUCUUGGGGCAGCUCUUCCUCAGCUCAGCACCCUGCCCUGGAACUCCCUCCCUGUGUUUUUUAUCUCUGCUGCUACCACAGUGACCCCCCCCCCCCCCCGCUCUGUUUUGUGGCUUUCAAAUGCAGCCCCUCCGGGCCCUGCUGGCUGGAGCCCAAGCCUGUGGUCUCUGCCCCUCCCUGACUGCAUGUGUGUGUGUGUGGGUCAUCCCUGCUGCAGGGGUGACACAAGGAGCCCUCUGCUCUUCUCCCCCUGGCCCUCUGAAAAAAAAUAAACUACUCAAUAUCACUUA